GCAAGGUGUGUUAUAAAAACACAGACACGUUAUUUUUAUUAUUCAUUGUUGAUUGCGAAGUCACUGUUGGGGAUCUCAGAAAAUAUCACACCAGCGCUUAUCACUCCUUAUUUGAACGCAACACAUUCAUGGCUCGUGAGCUGUUUUAACGAUCUCAAGUAUAUACAAUGAACAAUGGAAAGACCGAGAGUUAUGGCCACGAGCACCGGAACUACUCUAGCUGCUAACAUUACAAAAAUGUCSACCAAUACAGCUAACAAGCAAGUCUCUAGUGGUGGUUUCGAAUCAACAAAGAUCACAUUUUACUUUGUCAUCUUAUUUUGCAGUACGUUUGGGAACGGAAUGCUGGUCUAUAUUAUUAGUUCGACAAGAAAAAUGAGAACCGCUACGAACUACCUCAUUCUUAACCUUGCGAUUUGCGACUUUUUAACUCCUAUUCUAAGUAUUCCAUUUGACUUUGCUUUGGAGGAAAACAACCAUCAAUGGAUGUACGGGGUAUUUAUGUGCAAGUUUCUUUCUCCUGCCGCCACCUUUACAGUUACAUCGUCUGCUUUGAAUCUUGCUAUAAUAUCACUUGAUAGAUACAGAAAUAUCAUGCAUCCUUACAAACCUCGAUUGACAUCCAARCAAAUUACUUGUUCUAUUUGCGGACUAUACUGUGUUUCGGCUCUGUGCGUGGCACCUUACAUCUACGUUCUGCGUCUUAAGGGUGAGAGUUGUCUGGAGGUCUGGGGACAUUUUCUCUAUCGGCAAAUUUAUACUUUAUUCUUGUUCCUGGUACAAUACGCUUUGCCUUUAGUUUUUAUGGCAGUAAUGUACAGCCUUGCGUUAUUCCAUUUGUAUCACUCUUCAGGGAGGACCCAAAAAAUGCGCUUACAAAAAAAACAGCAUGAGUUCAAACGGUCCGACGGUUGUAUUGAAGGAACAUGUGAAAAACCUCGACCUUUAUUGCGUUCGCUUAGCAUUCGCUCUACUUCGAUAUUACGUGCUCAUACCAAAGCUAACAAGCGGGCAACAAAGAUGUUUUUGACAGUGGUUACUGUAUUCACCAUUUUUAUGCUUCCCAAUCAAGUUGUUUGGCUUUGGUCGGAUUUCGGUGGAGGUCUACAAAGUAACUCUUUUAACAAAACGGUUAUAAUAUGCUGGCUUUUCACUUACGCAAACUGCGUCAGCAAUCCUAUUAUUUUUGCUGUUUUUAGCAAUGACUUUCGCUAUGGAUUUCUUAAAGUAUUUCACAGGUCUUCAUACAAAAACUAUUUUGAUUCCAAUAGCGUAAUYGAGAGAAGAAAUUCCGCCGCAAUCCGAAUAAAAGAUAACGAUAAUAAUACUGGAGUAACUCAUGUCACAGACCUUUCAGAUAGGACAGCUGUAAAACCACCUAAAAGAUAUUUCAAACGUACCACCUACUGCUAGUCAAACACUUUUCAAUUUUCUCCAUAGGAAAUUUAUACUUUUUGAAUUAAUGCGUUAAAUAUAGAAUUUGAUGUACAUAUUUAAAAAAAUGAAAACAAAACGAAACGGUGACGAAACGGUAUAAU